AUGACAAUCUAUCAUAAUAUUCUUUGCUAUGAAGCAUCUUUUAACUGUCUACGUCAACCUGAUAUUCUUGCUCUUCAAUGGAAUGUUACUUUUCCUUCUUUAACUCAGCAAGUACUUUCGUCUUCACAUCUGUCUAUUGAUUAUUCAUCCUCCACAUAUAUUCUCUCAGGUCUUCAUUUAGCUGAUCUGUAUAUUGAUAUAGAAUAUAGACCUGAUUCAAAUGCUAGUUAUGGUCGACCACUUUGUUGUCGAGAUGGAAUACCAAAACCAGAUGAAUUAGGAGCAGGAUUUCAGGCUGCUUAUCGUAUAUGUCAUCUACCACUACGGAUAGCUGAAAGUAUGUUAAAAUAUAUUGUUCAAAAUGAAAAACAGAUUGACUUUAUUUAUUUUACUGGUGAUAUUGCUUGA